CAAACUUCACCACCUUCCACUACCCCACCCCCCAACAGUCUACACUCCUUUGCGGAUGAGGAUCUAUCUUUCUUCCCCCCUCAUUCUCUAGGCCUGUAUGGGGUCAGGCAAGUUGAGAUUCAUUUCUUGAAACCAGCUAAGUAGAUUGCUCUCGUUUCUUCCAUGCUCUCACACCAAGCAGGAGGAGAGGAAAAAGCAAGAAAGGAGAAGCCUUUUUCCCACUUUUUUUUUUGGUCACAAAAUCCUAUAACCCCCCCCUCUCCCUUUCUCUCUCUCAUAAUUCAAGAGUUACUCUCUCACUCAUCAAGGCUUCCAUCAUCCAGCUUUUGUGACUGUUCCUCUUCAGAUUCUUCCUGCCCCUUCCCCUUUUGCAGCCCUCAGGUUUUCUUUGUUGCCAAAUCAGUGACUCCCAUCACCCUAGAGAAAAUCCCUUUUCCUCAGAUCAAUGAAACUUCCAUCCUCCAUUUUCCUAUACUCCUCUCUUGCUUCCAAGAUUUGAUUUUUUUCUUCUGGGUAUUCUCAGAUCUUAUUAGUCAAUGGUUUUAUUCUAUGAAAUUCAAGAAAAAUCCCAUCUUGAUUUUAAUCUUUAGGUUUAGUACCCCAAAUUGAGAGGAUUUUUCAAUUUAAAAAAAGUGGGUUUUUUUUUCUCUUUCUUUUUGAGAUUCCUCCAAGUGAGGUGGAUGUGGAGGAAAAAGGUAUUCUGAUUCCUCCCAACACCAAAUGCUUCUUCCCUGAUUUAACAUUGAUUUAUGCCAUUCCCAACCUUCCCACCUCUCCGCACUUGUCUCUUUUUCUCUCUCAAAGGUGGGACAUGGAGAUCUUAUCACCAAGCUCCUAUUUUUCGAAUUCAAGCUGGCUUCUUGAUGACAGCAGGUGGAGCGCCGCCGAGAACAAGCUCUUUGAGAAUGCCCUCGCAUUGUUCGACGAGAACACGCCUGACAGGUGGCAGAAGGUGGCGGCGAUGGUGCCCGGAAAAACCGUCGGCGAUGUUAUCAGGCAGUAUAAAGAAUUGGAGGAUGAUGUCAGCAGUAUUGAGGCAGGGCUCAUCCCUGUUCCUGGCUACACCACUUCCUCCCCUUUUACCCUUGAAUGGGGCCAUGGAUAUGAGAAUUCCUUCUCCGGUGGGAGGAAGGCUCCGCCGCCCGGGAGGCCGUCGGAGCACGAGAGGAAGAAGGGGGUGCCUUGGACAGAGGAGGAGCAUAAAUUGUUCUUGAUGGGGCUGAAGAAGUAUGGAAAAGGAGACUGGAGAAACAUAUCUAGGAAUUUUGUGAUCACAAGAACUCCAACACAAGUAGCUAGCCACGCCCAAAAAUACUUCAUCCGGCAGCUCUCGGGCGGCAAGGACAAACGGCGAGCCAGCAUUCACGACAUCACGACAAUGAACCUCAACGACCACCAGGCGCCUUCCCCGGAGAGGAAGAAGCAGCCUUCACAGGAGCAGCCCUUAAUUCUUUCCCCCAAGUCGGAGAAGCUGUCGAGCUACCCAUGGACUCAGGCUAGCAAUGAUGCUGUCAUAGGGUUCAGCUCACUAUGCCAUGGGAAUAUGUUUGCCUCCUCACCUUACAGCAUAGGCUCGUUCGGGCACAAGAUGCACGGCCAGCACCUGCAACGGGGCGUGGUGCAUGACGCGUUCAUGGGAUCCCAAAACGCGCUGUUUCAGACGCAGCCCGAGCUGCACUACCCCAAUGCAUGAUGAUGGAUGCAUUUGAUCUUGUUGGUUUGAGAAAUGCAUAGUUAAGAAUUUUAGCCUAUAAGCUUAGCUUUGUUUGUGAUUUUUAUUGAUUUUCCCUUUUUGUGAAUAUGGUGAGAUUUGGCAUUUGAGGUAGAACAGUGUUGGUAGGUAUGAAGUAAAAAAAGGAUUCAUAAAUAUUAAUCUCAAAAUGCCAAGGAUUGAAAGUAAACAAUCUUCAUGUCAAUACUCUUUGUAAUUAAAAAAGAUCUAAGAUCCAUCAAUCAUUGGUGGAAUUAUAUUA